GUCGAUUAAGAAGUUUAAUUUUACAUUCCAAACUUGUACAAAAGGCACUCACUUUUUACUUUUUACUAUUACAAACGAUAUACGAUGAAGUAGAAAACAAUUUCAUACAGUAACACUAAUCAACAAAUACUAAUACAUUAAUCAACAGUCUACCAUAAAUAAAACCUAAAAUACUGAAACAAAAAUAAUCCAGGAACAUUAUUUAACAUGUUUAAUGACCAAAUUAACUAAAUUUCAAUCACCAUUGAAGGUUCUGACAUUCAUUACAUAAACUUAUCAACUCCUGAUUAUAGGCUUCAAUUUGUAUAGUACAACUUAUAACUGAUAUUUGGCUUUGUAUUGUAGACGUGGUUUUCCUGAGUAAGAGAUCUCUAUCACAAUAAACUUACCAACAGCCAAAUGUACAGUGACCACGUUCUUUCCAGGCGACAAAGCCCAGGCGUGUAAACUGUGUAUGUGUUUUACACCGGCAAUUUUCUGUAUAUCGAGUUUGAGUUUUACAGUAUCAACGGUGCUGCCUUGGAGCAGAAACCACAACGAAUCCUUCGCUACUUUCACAGUCGUACAAAUCACGAUCACCGAGAAAAUUAGAGUACAUAUCGGAUCGGCGAUUUUGGCGCUCGGAGCGAAUUUAAUAAUAAUAGCGGCCGUCAGGACGCCGGCGCUUUGAAUGAGAUCACCCAAAACGUGCACGGCGGCUGCUCUAACGUUUAUAUUCGACGAUGAGUGGCUGUGUUGGUGUUGGCUCAAACCGUGCGAGUGCGUGUGGCACACACCGUGCAGGAUAGCACCCAUACUGGAAAAAUAAUCACCAAUUAGUGGUAUAAACAAUAAACUUGGCAACAUCGCCAAACAUGCGUCUAAUUUAUUCAUUUAUAAGCGGCAUUAAAACGCGAUAUAUUUGUAUGCUUUCUACUUUAACAGAUCGUACAUACAUAACACACUGAAAUAACAAAUUAUUAAUCAUUCAUUUUAUAAAUUAAUUAAAUAGAUCAAUCCUCGGUUCUUACACAUUCUCUCGGCCUAAUCAAAAUCAACCAUCUUGUUAUGCUGUCAAUGUCAAUUGACGGUACUGUCACCCGUCAAAUAAUUUCAAUGCGAAUCUAACCUCAUAUAAAUAUUUUAUGUUUGACGAUACAAUAUUACAAAUAAAACAAACUAAUGGAGCGACAGCGGGAGUUUCGCGGAAGAGGCACCGGUUCCUUUUCGCACGGCCGAUGGAACAACGACUUCAGGAAACCCCGUUACAAUCAAUUCAAUCCCGCCCGAUCGCAAAACAAUUCGCAGUUCGUGCAAAAUCAAAGGAACCCGGACGAGUUUAAUUUCGAUAAUGCGAACCAAGGUAAUUGGAAUCAAAAUACGAACCAAUCGUGGCACCGGCAGCGCUUCAAUAACGACCAGGGCUAUUGGAAACAAGUCUCUACGAGCAAUGACAAUCAGAACCUACGACAAUUCGGUAAUUUAAAGCGGGGAAGGAGCACACCUUAUGACAGGCCUCGUAGGGGCAGAGGGACACGUUUCGUUAAUAAUAGAAGAGAUGUACAAACGAGCAGAGAACGAGAACCCUCUCCUGAUAUCCCACCUAACCCUGUCCCUCUAACACCUUUAGAAGCAAAAAUCGAAAGACUUAUAUCGGCAGUUCAAAGCCAACCGGACAACUUGGGACAACUAAUACUGUUACAAAACAACAACGAAAUCCCUCCAGUCUUACUAAACAACGCCACCCACCAAGUAAAAAAUUGUACAUUGAAUAUCGAUAGAAACGAAUCAAACGGUUACUCGAAAUUACGCAUAAACAACACAAUCAUAGCCGAAGGCAUGUACUCGACGAAAAAAGACGCCAAAGAAGCCCUAUACGAAAUGGGGCUCGACGUAAUGAGGAACAAGUGCUUCUACAUCGCAUCGAAAUCCCACUACGAGGAGGUCUCCAUGAACGAUUUGAACAAUCAACCGAAACCCGACGAAAGCGAACCGGUGAUGGACCCCAACAGCAAGGCCAUGCAGAUGAUGCUGAAGAUGGGCUGGGGCGGGAAGGGGCUCGGCACGCUCGAGCAGGGCGAGCGCCAGAGCGUCGCCGAUAAAAUAGUGGAGAAUAUCUCGAGGGAGGGCUUGGGCGGCAGCGGACAGACGGUCAUGCAGGAGGUCGAGAAGAUUCUGGUGGAUUACGCCAAGUCGAGCAAAACGACCACGUUGGGAUUCGAUUCGGGUUUCACGAAGGAGGAGAGGGCUCAAAUACACCAAAUCGCCGCCAAGUAUCAUCUGAAGAGCAAGAGCGAAGGGGGAUUUAAUAGUAGACGGAUAACGAUUAGCAAGAAAAUGAGCAAAUGGGUGCUGGUUAGGGAGUUACUGAGCGUUGGAUUAGAAAACGAGUCUUAUAUUUUAACGAUUCCGGACGAUUUCAAACAUCUGUGGUCCGAAGAUGAGUAAUUUUUAUCGCGUAAAAUAUUUAAGUUGAAAUUAUAAACCAUGUAGUUUUAAAAAAACGCACUUACAUUGUUAUAAAUAUUUCUACUAUUUUAUUUUCUUCUCGUAAGGUGGAUUCGGUUUGUUAGUAUCGAAUUUAGUUUGUAAAUAAGCAAAAAUGUAUUUUUCUUCUACUAUAUUCUACACGUCUCGAGUGUUUUAAUCCACUAUGUGGAUUUCACUAUAACAAACAGAAUCCAAUUUAUAACUUACGAAAUUGUAUAUUACUUUAAAUCUAAGCAAUGUAUUUUAAGUAGCACUCGCAGUUUUAAACAUUAAAAUGUAAAUUUUAGUGUAUCAAUGAACGAAACAACAACAAAUCUUGCGUAUUAUUAUAAAAAAAACUACUCACACGAUAUUUACAGCCAAUCCUAACGAAGACACUGCUAUCAUAGUAUCCGCAUUUAUAGCAUAAUCUUGAUGGUACAGUCUAUGAAUAGCCAAAGCAGAUAAAACAGCCGCCAAUAACCAUAUCGUUAAAAC